CGAUCAAAUGACCACUCGACGUGAAGAACAUUCCCCCCGUUAAAUGUUUAUUGUUCAGUAGAGCGUCGAAGCGAGAGUAUUCACGCUACCAGCUGAGCGGCCAACGUUCAUAAAGCCAAUAUGAAGGUUUUCAUAGUUCUUACCGUUUUGGCGGUGACCAUUUUCAUCCCGGCCAAGGCCUCGAUCAGGGGUACGGGCCCGGGGCGGAGUGGGGUUCCUCGAUCAGCUUCGGCCGCGUUUUUGGACACGAUUCCGAAAGCAUUUUGUUACUACGAUGUCCAAUCUGAAUGUAGUCGCCAGUCGCACACGGCUGAUGUGAAAUUGACAAAUUGUAACGCCUUGUACGGAAAGUUUGGCGGUAUACAGAGCAAGCUUGAACAAUAUGCCAAUGCUCUCAUCGAAACGAGUUUCAAAUACUUGACGGUGUCUAGUUACUUCGGAAACUUCGAGAGGAAUCGUAUGGGGCUGAAACGAUUAUACAGGAAGUUGUCCGACGAGGCGUGGGAUGAUGCGAAAGAUCUUAUCAAUUUCAUCACUCUACGUGGUGGAGAAAUGCACUUUGAUAAUAGGGCAACCUAUUGGGACAGCGAUAAAACAAGGGACUUGCAAGUCAAUGAAAAUGAUCUGUCGGAGCUUGAGAGAAUGAGUAACGUUUUGGAUAACUACAAGAUGUUGGCAGACGAAGCUAUAAAAAUACAAAGAGAAGUGGUGAAGCAUACUGACGCAGAUGGAUCCGUUGCACACUAUUUUGAAGAGAGAUUUUUCAAACGACAAACUAAAACGGUUCACACACUCUCCGGUUACGUCAAUGAUCUCAAGCGGUUCUUUGCGGACGCUGAUGCGUCACUUGCACUAUUCCUUUUCGAUGAAUAUUUAAAAACAUCUGUAUAAAUUCUUCCAUAGUUACGAUGUUAUAGAUUAAUUUUUAUUUUAGUAUCAAUGAUGAUGAUAAUAAUGAUACAGGUGAGUUUUCUUCUUUCUUCAUUUGUUCUCUGUAAAUUGUAAUAUACGAUGUUUCAAGACGGUUU